UUUCUCGAACGCACUUCUAUGUAUUGACAUUAGCGACAGAAAUUUGUAUAUUUAAUUGACAGUUAUGGCAGUACGUAUACUUUGGUUCUGUAAAAUACUGUAGAUAAAAAGAUUUGAGAAGCGUCAUUAUUUUUUGGUGAUUUCGUUCAUUGUCUGUUGUAAUUUAUAAUUAACAACUUGUGCUGUGAUUUUAUAUUACCUUAUCAAUACUAAUUAGAUAACUGAAUAUAUUCCAAAGAAAAAUAAUCAUUUAGUAUAUUUCUAGUCUGAGGAAAAUUAAAUAUAAUCUAUUUUUAAAUAUGAAUUGUGUGUUACCAGUCUUGUUAGUUUUAUUAAGUUUAACUUUUUCUAAUCAAGAUAAAUCUAUCGCCGGAUCUAAUGAUACCAUUACAAUCAAUGACCAUACUGAAAAAAUUCCUCAUACCAUAGAUGUCCAACCGGAACCUGAUCAACAAAAUAGCACUACAAGUUCUCCUAUUAUUACUACCACAUCCAAUGGAACCAAUAUUACAACUACCGCUGUUACCACUACUAAGUCACCCAACACUACAACUGUGUCACCUAAUUCAACAUCUACUACUGCUUCUUCCACAACUACAACCUUGGUACCUACUAAGCCUUCUACUUCAAGUGUGACACCCAGUUCUUCAACUAAGGCACCUGUUUCGACGUCGACAGCAAGUCCAGAACCUGGACAUCAUCGAAGUUUUGAUGGACCGAGUUUCAUUGGAGGUAUAGUAUUGGCGUUAGGAUUGGUCGCCAUAGGUUUUGUAGCCUUCAAAUUCUACAAGGCUCGCAUCGAAGUUAAUUAUCAUACUCUAUAACCCCAUGACAGUUUAACUCUUAAUAUUUAAAAUGUUUAAUAUGUUAUUGUGAAUGUGUUGAAAACUGGUCUAUACUUACGAAUAUUUUUGAUGAAUUAUGUUUAGGUUUGAUCUAAUUUCUCGAUUUUUUAAAAUCUUUUAAUAUAUUUUUUUGUUGAUAUUAGAUUUCCAGUUUGGAGAAACGAGUUUAUAUCCAAAGGAAAUCGUUGGCUUGUUGAUAAUAUUUUUUUAAAUUGUGCAGCUGCUGUCUCGAGUAAAUAAACUUUAUCUGUUGUUAUUCAAGUUUAUGUGGAGAAUUAUUCAAUGUAUUACGAGGAGUGGCGUAUUGACUUGGUCAAAGUAUGAAAAUUAUUAGAAUUUUAAUGAUAUAUACUGUUGAUCUCAACAUGUAUGUUGACUAAUUCUUUGAUGUUCGCGAAUUAAUUUAUUGGCGGUCUUUUCGAGAAAAGUAGUAAAACUCUUGGAUUUUCUUGAUAUUCCACUGAAAAUUUAUGACGUCUCAUUUUCUGAUAUGUUUAUAUUGAUUUAUUGGCACACUUUGCAAGAAAAGUGGAAAAUUCAAGAGAAUUUUCUUGACUGACAUUCUGUAGAUCCGAACAAAAUCAGUUUUUCACCUCGCUUUAUUAAUAUAUUGGCAUUUCUUUCAAAGAAAAAAAAGUCUGAAAAUUCCUUGGUUUUCCUCAGUAUCAACUGAAAAUCUAUAUGGUUGUAUUUUCUAUCGUCUUUAAAUUGAUUUAUUAGCAGACAUAUGGAAACUGGGGAAAUUCAGAGGAUUUUCUUGAUACAUACUUUAGAUCUGAACAAAAUCAUUUUUUAACCUCACUUAAUUGAUAUUUUGGCAUUUUUUUCAAAGCCAGUAAGAAAAUUCGUUAGAUUUUCUUCGUAUACACUAAAAAUCUGUAUAGUUUCUUUUUCUAACGUCCUGAGAUUGAUUUACUGGCAGACAUUAUAGAUCUGAACAGACUCAUUCUUUUACAUCCUUAAAUUGAUAUUUAUUGGAAAUGUUUACAAGGAAAUUGGAAAAAUUUUUUAUUAACCACUAAAAAUUUGAAUAUUUCACUCUGACUUUUUUUCUCUUUGUGCCCUUUAACUAAUUAAUUCUGUAAUGUCGCUAAAUUAAUUUAUUGGCUGUAUUUUUGAGGAAAAUGGGAAAUGGAUUAGAAUUUUUUUAAAAGAAAUAGUGCUGAAUGUAGUUUUUUGACGUUUCCCGGUCAAUGUAGUGGCAGUCAUUUUCAAAUUUUUAAGGAUACUGUGAAAAUUUCUUGAAUUUUCCAAGUUAUUGCCGAUUGUCGUUUUUUAGAUGUCUUCUAAUAAUUUUAGUGGCAGACAUUUUCAUUUUUUUUUAAGGAACUUGUGAAAAUUUAUUGGAUUAUCUCAGUCGUUUGACGUUUUCUGAUCAAUUUAAUAGCAGACAUUAAAAAAAAUUGAAAAAUUAACAAAUCAUUGUUAAAAAUAUCUCAAAUGCCGUAAUUUUUGACAAAAAAAGUUAUUUCAAGAUUUUAAAUUUACUUUUUUUUUAUAGCAUUGGUAGUUAUUCCAAAAAUAUUCGUAAAGUUUUUCUAAUUUUGAAAAUUUUAAUUAUUUUUCUUUUGUAUAAAUACAGACCAAUUUUCACCACCUUCACGACUUGAUUUUCUUCAUUAUAUACCAUUUGUAUGAUUUAAACUUUCUUUUAUGUGAUAUAUGUUAAGAAUAUUUCCAUUUUUUCUUUUUAAUUUCAUAUUUUAUUAAAAAAAUUACACGAUGAUCUUAACGAUCCGAUAUUAUAGGAAUUAUUCAAUGUAAAAAUAAACCAUCUCGAAUUUUUUUUUUUUUCGAAAACUUGGUAUCUCAUUUAUCAUGGUAUUGAUUCGUUUUUAUAUUUGCAUUUUUUAAAAAAAUUCUUGAUAAUUAUCAUUAUAUGAGUCACAAUAGUUGAAAACUUGAAAAUGGCGAAAAAUUACGGUACGAACCUGGUAAAACUACGAGGAAAGAAGUUUUUCGUUCCAAAAUUGUUAAAAAAAAUGAGAAAUUGCGAGAAAAUAUGGUUAAAAAACAAGAAAUUUUAAUUUUUUAGUUUUUGAAAUUAUAAUUCGGUUAUUUAGAUUUUUCAUUCAGUUUGUUCCACGCACUUUUCGCUAUUUUUCCAGCCUUUACCCUUUUUUCCAUUAAAUUUUCGGCAUUUUUCAGUCCUUUCAUUAUUUCUACGCACGUUUUUGGCUAUUUUUUCAGCCCUUUCCGUUUUACCAUUCAAUUUUCGGUAUUUUUCAAUCCCCUCAGUUUUUUCAAGCACUUUUUGAUUAUUUCAGUCCGUUCAGCUUUUCAUUGAACUUUACGCUAUUUUUUCAGUUUCUUCAGUUUUCUCAUGCAAUUUUUGCUAUUUUUCAGCCCUUUUUGUUUUUCCAUUAAAAUUUCGAUAUUUUUUCAGUCCCUUCAGUUUUUCCAUGCACUUUUUGAUAUCAUUUCAGUCCGUUCAGCUUUUCUUUUCACUCUUCGGCUAUUUUUUCAGUUUCUUCAGUUUUUCCGUGCACUUUUUGAUACUCUUUCAGGUUUUCUUUUAUCUUCCGCUAUUUAUAUAUAAAAAAACGACGUACAAUUCCGGGUACCUGAUUUUUUUAUUGAAAAUUUUCGAAAGUUUUCAAUUUUCUCAUCUUUUCAUCGUUUUUUGAAUAUCAGAAUUUUUUUCGUGUUAAAAAAUUUAUUUUUUCUUUUCGAUUUCCGUACUUUUACCCGUUUUAUUCUAAUUUUUCUCCAUUUUCAAUUGUCGACACUAUUUUCUAUUAUAGAAUGAAAUUUCUUAUUUUUUUAAAAAUAAUUUAUCACCCAUCCACGUAAAUUAGAUAUAAUCGAAUAUCAAUUAUCAUCAUCGAGUAAUUAAAAAAACGAAUUUUUCAAAUUAAUACUGAUGAUAUGAUAAGCAUAACAUGCAGUGACCGGUUUAUUCGAAAAACCGUCACAAACACUUUGCACUGAAGUAAAUCCGGUAGAUGUUCGAUGAAGUCAAUGAUAUUAGCCUGCUUAAGAGAUUCAAUUGCACCUCGCUUAGAAUACUUCGAUAUUUUCCUAAAAAAAAUAGUUUGAGCGCAAUUUCGGCUUCUGGUACAGUCUAUUGUAGAUUAGCGAAUGAUUUGAGAAAUUCUAGGAUAUAAAUUGUUGAUCUAAGUUUGUUCCUAAAACAUUUAUACUCGAAAAAAGUUAUUUGAUUGCAGGGUAUUUAACUUUGACAUUUAAAACUCGUUUGUUUCAGGAAAAAAAAACGAUUUUAAUAUUGGAAGCUCCCAUAUUAACAGCGUUUGUUCGAACGUUGUUUUUUUACGAAGCUUCCGGACUAAUAAUUAGUGAUUCAGCUUGAUAACUCGUGUUUACGUUAAUCGAAUACAAAUUUGUGUUUUUUCCUUGAGUUUUCUGUACUAAAUGGCACGUUAUUUGAUAUAUAUAUUUUUCUCUGAACCUCCCGUACUAACGACAAAUGUAUGAAUUUUAUUUUUCCUCAAAUUUUCCAUACUAAAAACAAAUUAUUCGAUUUAAUUUAUCUUAUAAGCUCCCGAACUAACAAUAUUUGAUUUGACUGUGUUUUUCCCUGAAGCUUCCCUACUAAUUACUCUUGAUUGGGACGUAAUUUUCUUGUACUAAUAAUGAUCGAAUCAAAACUUGUGUUUUUUUAUUUUUCGCUCCCAAAUGGCACGUGAUUUGACAUAUAUUUUUCUCCGAAACUUCUGUACUAAUCACAAGUGUCUGAAUUUGAUUUUUCUCUAAAUUUUCCAUACUAAUAAGUAAUAACUUAGUUCAAGUCUUCGUUUUUAUUUGAGAUUCCUUUGCUAAUAACCCGUUUUUCUAAUUUUUGUGAAUUCCUCCGUAUUAUCACUUGAUCUAACCUAAGCUUCCGUACUAAUGACCUGACUUGAGCUGUUUUCUUCCAAAAGCUCCUGUACUAACAGCAAAUAAUUUAAUAAGUUAAUUAUUGACUGUAUUUUAUUUUUCUUUAAAGCUUCUCUAUUAAUAUAAAAAUAGCAUGAGCUUAAUUUUUUUUGGAAGCUCUCAUACUAACAAAACAUGAAUUGAAAAUGUUUUUUUUCCAAAAUUUUCCUUUUAACGUGACAGGAGUUUUGUUUUUUUUUUCAAAUUUCCUAUCCCAAGUCAUUAAUGUAAGACACUUUUAGUCGUUUGUACCAUAACAGUGAAACAAAACGGAAUAAAUUCUUAAAAAAAUUUGUUUUGAUACGAUUGGUUGUAGAUUGAGAUUAUUUCAGAUUAUUUUUAUUGGAUGAAACAUACUUUUCGUACUAAUUACCAAGAAUAUUGUUUUUGUUCGAAUUUAUAGUACUAAUGCAAGGUGAAAAAUGAUAGGGACCUUUUUAGUCAUAAUAGUGAAAUAAAAUAAACGGAAUUUCAAAUCAAAUAAAAAUUGAUUUUCAUACGAUUGGAUUUAGAUUGAAAACAUAUAAAUAUUUGAUUUAUUUGAAUCUAAAACACGGUUAUGCAUCUUUACGAUUACAAACAAUAAAAGUUUUAUACCUUGCAAUUCAAUUAUUUUCAAAUUUAUUGCAGUAAUUUCAACAAGUUCUCAAAGUUCUUGUUAUACAGUCAUGUUCCAAUUAGAUUUUUGUUACAAACUAUUUCGUCUAUAUCUAUAAAUUUCUGUUUUUAUAUAGAUUUGAAGUCGCCGUUGUAGAAAUUAUGCGAAAAUGAUAAUAUUGAAAACACGUUAAAAUAUAACGUCAAAUUUGACACCACUAUCUUUUCUUCGCAUAUUCAUUCAUAAUUCCAUUCUUUAUUGAGUAUUCUUGCAGUUUCUUCGAAUCCAGAACGGUCUAGAACAUUGUAGAACAUCAUGAGUCUUCAAUAACUGCUUAUUCAUAUAGGUAAAGAUCAACUUUGUUUUUCGUUGUUUUUUUAACGUGUUUUUUCUUUUUAUUAUCAUUCUCGAUAUAAUUUUCGUUAAAAUCUGCCCUAUGAAAGUGCUCUUAUCUCCCGAAAUGUAUAAAAAACGAAAGGUGCGCCACCUAGUCUUUCUAGAUGGUAUAUUUUGUAAAAUAUUUAUCUAAACAGUUGACGAAUAAGAGACGGUAUAAUAUUUUUUCUAUUUUUCAUUUAUCGAAUGUUCGUUCUUCGAAUGGAUAUAUUGAGCCGCUCAAUUUUUAGAGCUUGAAGAGCGGUAAUAUCCUCGAAUGUUGCUCCACGUACAGUAAUUUUCACUAAAAUAAACGUUUGUUUAUAAACGUUUAUUUAUACACAUGUAAAAUAAUUUUUUCUCAGUGUAGAUAUAAAUAAAGACUCAAAUUUAUCACGAUUGUUUGUGUGGUCCAAUAAAUCGUAUUUAAAUACA